AUGACCGGAAGUUACCGUGCGUACAGCAAGGCUUGACGGCUAACUGCGCCUGUAAUAAAGACAACUAUACUCCAGAGUGUUUCACUGCUAAAACCUUCACUUUUAUACAAACUUUAAAAUGCAAAAUCACUGUGCUGUGCAGAAUUGUUCUAGUGGUAAAUCAGACCCUCAACCACUCUUCAGGUUUCCGCUCGAUCCUGAAAGGUCCCAGAAGUGGGUUGAAAAAUGCCAAAGAGAAGACCUCACAGGCAAAUCACCAGACCAGCUGAACAGAUACUACAGACUCUGUGGAAAACAUUUUGAGGCAUCUUUGAUUGAGAAAGAUUCUCAGAGUGCAGUGUUGAAGGAUAAUUCCAUACCCACAAUCUUUGAUGUUCCAAGCCAACCAAAAAAUGGACAGGGGAAGCGCACUAAAGUGAUGACCCCAGAAGAUGAAACCGUGAGUAAGGGAAGAAAAAAAAUGAAAAAGACUCAGACAGAGGAAACUAAGGCAGAGGAAACUAAGGAAGAUGUCCAGGUGGUCUUAGUGGAGGACGAAUGCAAAGACUAUCUCAAGUCUUUGUUUGAAGUUCUUGUGCUGCUAGGAGAGCAGAGCAUUCCUCCAACGGGGCCAGGUGACAACAAACAGGAAGGUUCAAGCAACUUUCAGGCCCUGUUAGAAUAUCGCAUGAACUGCGGAGAUGAAACCUUGAAGAAGAGAUAUGAUGAGAGUAAAGAGUGUUGCUCCUCGGAUCAGCUGAAUCAGCUGAUCGAGGUGUGUGAGAAAUACAUCCACAGUAAGCUGGUGGAGAAAGUGAAACUUAACGGCUUUUUCUCCUUACUCACUGAUGAUCUGGUGCAGAUCUCAGGAGAAUGGUUCCUCCCUGUCUUCCUCCGUUAUGUGGAUCAGUCCAACUGUCAAAAGGAGAAGUUUGCUGGAUUCUUGCCCUUUGAAGGAGAUGGAGAUGCACUAGCAGAGAAACUACUCUCUGAACUGACAGACAAAUGGGGCUUAGAUAUGGAGCAAUGCCGAGGGCAAGCACAUUCCUGCUCUGGGACACAUUUCAGUAAAAUAAAAACCUUUGCUGCAAAACUGUUGGAGAAAUAUCCAACAGCUUUGCCCUCUUUGAGAUCUACUCGUACUUUAAACGUGUCAUUGGCAAAUAGUAUGACUUCAUCAGGUGUUCAGCUUGUCAUGUCCACCUUAAAGAAGGUUGACGCAUUCUUCAGUCAGUCCUCUAUACUGCAGCUGGAGCUUGAACACGCCAUUUCCAUUUUCUACCCGGACAAAGAGGAGAAAGCCAAGGAGCUGAAGGACAUCUGUAAAACCAGCUGGACCGAACGAAACGAUGCAUUUGAGGUGGCUGUGGAAAUCCUAGAGGCGAUGCUUCUCUGUGUGGACAGCGUGCACGACAACGAGGACAUGAGGUGGAGUGAUCAAGUCACAAACGAUGCCUUAGAGAUUUCAAAAGCGCUGGCAGAUUUUGAGUUCAUCAUGGCAUUAGUGGUGCUCAAAAACAUAAUGAGACUGACUCAAGCAUUUGGGAACAAUGUGCAAGGGAAAGCAUCUGAAGCACAUUUUGCUGCGACCAGUAUGAAAGCUGUCCUCCACUCCCUAAAAGAAGUGUCAGAUAACAUCGAUGUGUAUCACGAGUUCUGGAACGACGAGGCAGUUAACCUAGCUGCUGCCAUGGAGAUCCCAGUCAAGAUUCCUCGCUCGUUUUUGAGGAAGCAUCAGUUGGAAUCCGGAGCCGUUCGUCCAGAGAGUUACUACAAGGAGCACCUGUCUGUUCCUGUGGUCAACCACAUCAUCAAAGAACUGAAUGAACUCUUCUGUGAGGACCACCUGAAGGCUUUGAGGUGUUUGUCUCUGGUCCCUGCAGUCAUAGAGCAGCACAAAUCCACUGAACCUGAAGAAGAGUGUGUGCAAGUGUUUAAGAAUGACAUCCCCAAUGCAGGAUCCCUCACUGCAGAGCUGCACUGCUGGUGGGUGAAAUGGAGCAAAAAGGGUAAAGGUGAAACUGUGCCUGCUAGUCUCCAUGAAGCACUGCAGCUGGCCGAUGUGAAGUUCUUCCCAAACAUGCUCGCAAUUAUGAGACUGAUCGGAGUCCUGCCUACUUUGGCUCUGGAGGACGACGGUGAUAUGGCGUACAGACAUUUUCAGAUGUACGUGGAGAACACACCUGACAGGUUCAAAUCAAAGAGUCUUGCUCUUCUGAACAUGAACUGUGACCUUGGUUUUGAUUUGGAUUCAAUGGUUGAGCUCUUUUUGAAGACGUACCCUGACAGAGAAGGGGUGUCGAAGGUAACUGUGAUGGAGUAGUGUAAAUAUAAGUAGGCCUAAACUCUGUCACAUCUGUGCUCCCUGUCACUGCAGACAUACUGUUUCUGGAGUAACAUAUUCUGUUCUGCUCUGCUCUGUUUUCUUUUUUUUUAAUAAAAGUGUAGAAUGUAAAGAAUCAGUCUUUGGAUGAAAAAUACCAGACUUGGUUGAAUAUUUUUGCUCCUUAAUACUCAUGCUCAUGUCAUUUUUUGGAGCCUUUAGUAACAACGCUUUAAACACCACAUGAACUCACCAGGGUGGAUGAGUCCAUAAUUCAGCUGGGCAAGUCCAUUCCCUCACACUGUUGCUGAUGUAGCUUGUAAUGGUUUUUAUUAUAAGAGUUCCAGUUAGUACCCAUGUAAGCCUUGAUAUAGUGUUUUUUUCUAUAUGAAUGUUCUUCUGACAUUAAAUAAUUAUAUAAGGGAGAGCUGUUGUUAAUCCCUUAAUUUGUCCACAGGCAGUCUUUUGGAUUAGAUUACCUUGGGUUACAUUCCAACAUCCAGUAUUUUUCUUUUCCCUGUUCCUGAAAUAUGUCUCUUUUUUUAUUUAACAAAAUUCAAAGUGCUAACAUGCUCUGAGACUCAUCCAGACAACUUGAAUGAGCAGAAAUGUUUUUUUUCCCCAAGACUAAACACAUUUUACUCUGACAUAGAUUGGUAUGAAAGCUAAUUAAAGUUCAAUAAAUGACCCAUGCAGUGUUAAAAUGUGCCUGAUUCACA